AUGCGCGGCAAACGGUCAAAGCAGUACCGGCGUCUGCUCAAGACGCUGGAGAUCCGGUUCGGCUUUCGCGAGCCGUACCAGGUGCUCGUCGACUCGGACAUGGUCCGCGACACGGCGCGCUUCAAGAUGGACCUCGUGCCCGCGCUCGAGCGCACGCUGCACGGGCAGGUCAAGCCCAUGAUCACGCAGUGCAGCAUGCGGCACCUCUACGCCGCGGGCCGGGAGGACCGCUCGCUCGAGGCCGUCAUCGACCGCGCCAAGACGUUUGAGCGGCGGCGGUGCGGCCACCGGCCCGAGGACUUCCCCGAGCCGCUGCCGGAGCUCGAGUGCCUGCGCUCGGUGGUCGACGGCAAGAAGAGCGGCGAGAACCGGCACCGGUACGUGGUGGCGAGCCAGGACGUCGAGGUGCGGCGCGCGCUGCGGGGGGUCAAGGCCUGCCCGCUCAUCUACGUGAGCCGGAGCGUGAUGAUCAUGGAGCCGCUGUCGGAGGGGACGGUGCGGGCCGGGGAGAGGGAGGAGAGGGCCAAGUUCCGGGCGGAGAUCAAGAAGGUUGGCGGCGGCGGGAAGAGGAAGAGGGACGACGGGGAUGGCGAUGACAAUGAGGAGGAGGAGGAUGGUGAUGAUGAUGAUGAGGAAAAGAAGGAGGAGGAGAAGAAGCCCAAGAAGAAGAAAGCCCGGGGGCCCAAGGGGCCGAAUCCGCUAGCGGUCAAGAAGAAGAAGCCACAGGCUCAACAACAACAGCAGCAGCAGCAGCAACAAGGGGAGCGAAAGAAGGCGGCGCAGUCUGGAGAAAAGGCGGAGGGAGGGGACCAGCCGGCCAAGAAGAAGAGGAAGAGGAAACACAAGUCUGGCGCUGGAGCAGUGGCUGGGGACGCGGCGGAACAGUCAGCAGCGCAGCCCGAGGCGCCAGCGGCUGUGGCGGCCGAGGCGUGA